AUGGCUUUGCAGAAGUCCAAUAACGACUUGACUAAAGCUUACAAUCUUUUAUCGGAUAAUAAAGAACCUGUUCAUGAUGUUUUUGCUUCAGCGGCUACCGAAUGGAGUACAGAAGACCAUGAAGCUGGCCCUUCAAGCGAUAUUUUCCCAACAUCAUCAUUUAGAAAUAUGCGACGGGCUGUGAAAAGUGAUGAUUGUAGUAUAUUUGCUAAUGAGAUUUCAAUUGCAUCAAAGGGUUUGCUCAUCAAUAAUGUAUUUGAUCCUGUAUGUAGUGAAUUUGUGGACGUUUAUCUCCCAAAGUGCAUCUCAAUGCAUGUCAAUCCGCCUGAGCAUCUGUUCCUCAACGAUGACAUCCUCGGUCAAAGUGUCCAUUUUUCUAAGGAAGUUGCUCAAUUAAUACCUAUCAGAUGGAAGAAAUGCAUAUUGGGUAGAGGUGGUGGUGUAAGGCGACCACACGAAUUGAUUGAUCUCUUCGUAUCGUCGUCAGGAUUUUCAAAUGUAAACGAACUUUUGCGAAAUCAUCGUGAUAUUUUGACACCAAAGGACGUUUUUGUCCUGCUCUCGGCGUUAGAUUGCAUGCGGAAUUUUCUUGAUGGAGCUAAAAUGCGUCACAUAUUGCUUUCUCUUGUGGAAGGAUCGCUUGAUAUUAUCAAUGAAGCUGCCUGGGAAACAGUCAAUCCGUGA